AUGUCUCCCUCCACUAUGAAGCAAUGGGUCGUUGAAGAUAAGGAGCACGACUUCAACGGGCUUGUUUACAAGGACGCUGCUGUUCCGAAAGUCGGCGAAAAUGAAGUAUUAGUGAAGCUCCACGCUGCAUCGCUAAACUAUCGCGACCUGACUAUCCCCAAGGGCCUCUAUCCAUUUGCUCUCAGUCUUCCCGUAGUGCCAGGUUCUGAUGGUGCUGGCGAAGUUGUUGAAGUGGGAUCCAAGGUCAUUGAAUUCAAGAAGGGCGACCAAGUUGCGACUCUCUUCAAUCAGGGCCACCAAUACGGCGAGAUUGACACAUAUGCAGCGGGUACUGGCCUAGGUGGUGUCAUCGACGGUACCCUCCGCGAAUAUGGCGUAUUCAAUGAACAAGGUCUUGUCAAGGCACCGACAAACCUCGAUGCCCGCGAAGCUAGCACCCUACCGUGCGCAGCUCUCACCAGCUGGAAUGCACUAUAUGGUCUGAAGCCUUUGAAGCCCGGCCAGAUCGUUCUCGUGCAAGGAACUGGCGGUGUCAGUAUCUUUGGCUUACAGUUCGCCAAAGCUGCUGGUGCGACAGUUAUCGCGACAACCUCUUCUGCAGAGAAGGCCGAGAAGCUUAAGCAGCUCGGCGCUGAUCAUGUUAUCAAUUAUAAGACGGAGCCCAACUGGGGCGAAGCUGCUCGCAAGCUGACUCCUGACGGAGCUGGCGUGGACCACGUCAUCGAAGUGGGUGGUAGCGGAACGCUCCAGCAGAGCUUCAAGUGCAUCAAGUUCGAGGGUAUCAUCAGUGUUAUUGGGUUCCUUGGAGGCGUGGACCCGAAGACACAGCCGACUGUUCUAGAGACAUUGAGCCACAUCUGCACUGUGCGUGGCGUUUAUGUUGGUAGCAAAGCUCUCAUGAGGGAUAUGAUUCGAGCUAUCGAGGCCAAUGAUAUCCAUCCUGUGGUGGAUAAGAAGGUGUUCAGCCUUGACCAGACACGGGAAGCCUAUGAUUAUAUGUGGGCCCAGAAGCACUUUGGAAAGUUGACUAUCAAGAUCAACUAG